AUGCCCUCAGUGAACUCUUUACCACCCAAGGAAGGGCAGUUUGGCGUCGUAUCAAGCAGCGGACAACUCGUGUGCGAGUUCAGGCCACAGCCUGGCGGGGAGGGAGGAGCCCCGAGGCCACAGCAGGCACCAGAACAACAAAUCACAAGGGCCUCGUUCGCGGCAUAUUCAGAGCAGAACCCACCGGCGAUAUUGUCAUUAUCACCGCCCCCAGAGGUCAACGCCCUGUUCAGCCCUCCCGCCGGCCCGACGGUGAGCACGUUAGAGCUCGCGGUGGACUACAGCAGCUACCCAGAGGUGUACAUCCCGGAAGCAGACCAGCGGCAGCAACAAGAGGGGGAGCAGCGACCAGACCUGCCGCCGCGCAAGGCCACCGCCAGCCCCCCGGUCCGGCGCAAGUCCCUCCCCAUGGACUACCCCAGCAGCGAGUCCUCCCCGCCCCCGCCGGCGCCGGCGUACUCGACGCCCGCGGACUACCAGCGGAUCGGGUACGCGGGGACGCUCGACAUGUCGACGGCCGUGGCGACCGUGACGCCGCUGCACAUGCUCGGGGACCAGCCGGACACGGUGGACUGCCCCUUCUGCAUGAGGCGCGUGGAGACGUCCGUGAAGAAGAGGGCCUCGAGCAGGACACACACGUGGGGCGCUAUCCUGUUCUUCAGCACCCUCUUCGGCGUGGUGGCGCCGUACUGCUGCGACUGGUACGUCAACGUCGAGCACUACUGCAAGAACUGCAGGCGGAAGGUGGCGCAGAAGAAGUUCGACAGCACCGAGACCGAGGCGCUCGGGACGCGGCCCGAGCACAGACAAGUGUCGUAUUUUCAGCCAGCCGAGAAGCCGGAGAAGAAGAAGAUGUUUCGGUCAUGA